CUAGCAUUAGCAUUAGUCUGAGUGAAUCGAUAUAUCUUGUCCAAGGAAUAAAAGACGUGAAUCAACUGAAGAAAUCCCAUUUUAGCAAUGUCAAGACUGGAGUGUGUGUCUGUUUUGGAGGGUCACCAGGACCGUGUGUGGUGUGUGAAGUGGAACCCCACUGGAACUAUACUUGCCUCGUGUGGGGGUGAUAAGACGGUCCGUAUCUGGGGCCAGGAGGGCAACAAGUGGGUAUGUAAAACAGUACUAGAAGAUGGCCACCAAAGGACAGUGAGAUCUGUAGCAUGGUCACCAUGUGGGAAUUACCUUUCUACUGCAAGUUUUGAUGCUACAACAGGGAUCUGGAGCAGAAAGGAGGGAGAAUUUGAGUGUAUAGCCUCUCUUGAAGGUCAUGAAAACGAAGUCAAAUGUGGGGCGUGGUCUCCAGGUGGUAGUCUUCUGGCAACAUGCAGCCGCGACAAAAGUGUUUGGAUAUGGGAAGUGACGGAGGAUGAAGAGUACGAGUGUGCUAGUGUCCUAAGUUCUCAUACUCAGGAUGUCAAAUGUGUCACUUGGCAUCCAAACAAGGAGAUUCUGGCUUCCUGUAGCUAUGACAACACUAUCAAACUCUUUAAGGAAGACACAGAUGACUGGACCUGUUUCACCACCCUUGAAUCCCAUGAUUCCACUGUAUGGAAAAUAUGUUUUGAUCAAUCUGGAUCAAGGCUUGCUUCCUGCAGUGAUGACCAGACAGUGAAGAUAUGGCAGGAGUACCCACCGGGUAACUCUGAGGGGGUGGCUACGACUGGACCUGAUUCCACAUGGAAAUGUGUGUGUACUCUUUCAGGAUACCACAACCGUGUCAUUUAUGAUAUAGACUGGUGUCAUCUGACUGGUCGCAUCGCAACGGCAUCAGGAGAUGAUGCCAUACGUGUUUUUGUGGAGGAGCCGAGUUCAGAUAAAAACCAGCCAGAUUUCCGACUGGAAGUGACAGUAAACAAGGCUCACAACCAAGAUGUGAAUUCUAUAUCAUGGAACCCUAAGGAUCCGUAUUUACUAGCUUCUUGUAGUGAUAAUGGAGAAGUCAAACUGUGGAAAUACACAAAGGACUGAAUAUGUUAUCUAUUCUUGAUAAAGACCUUGUUAAGCAUACAUCAUUAAAUGUUACUUUUGUGUUUUGCAGGUAUAAUGACAACAGUGGAUAACUUUAAUUUCUUCUGAUUGUUUUGCUACAACUUGUGAAAUAAAAUUCAGAACCGAUUUUUG